AUGAAGCCUCUCUCGGAUCAAGACUUGCUUCUCUACUUUACUAAAUUCAAAAAAGAAAUUAAACCAAGGGAUCAUACCUAUCUAUUCACAAGUUAUGCUAAUUGCUUCUCAGGGAAGGAGGCUGUUAAAACAUUGACUUCUCUCUUUAAUAAUCUUUCAAUGGAGGAUGCUAUUCAAUUAGGAAAUCAAAUGAUUGAGAGGAAAUUGUUUAUUCACGUAACACACGAAUCUUCACAAUUACUCAACAAACGAUACGAGUUUUACAGAUUUACCAACUUUAGGAGAUGUUCAAAGAGAUUGAGUAUUAUGAACGUUACACAAUUCACAUCGAGUCUUGAUGCUUCCUAUCAGAAAGUUAUUCAAGAUGAAUAUAAUAACAAGGGACGAGUUGGAGACAUUAGAAUAUUAUUGGAUGAUGUUUACUUGUCGAGUCAAAACAAUAAUCAAACUGCCACCGGUGGUGCCAUCAGUACUGCGAAUGCAGUCACUUCGAAUAGUGCAGUCCUAUCUCGUUCAAGCUCAUUCUUUUCCUCAGCUUGCGUUCAAUCCUUUUUAAAUGAUGAUAUUGCAUUGGUCAACAACCAAACCAAUGAGACGGAUACUUCAUCACCAGACCAACAGCAAAAUGCCAGUUCAAUAUCCUUAUUUGGAAAGAAAAUAUCUGUACCUCUAAAGAUUAGAAAGAAUUCACAACCUUCCCACCAAAAUUCUCCACCAAUGAGUGGUUCCUUUGAUAAUCCAAACCUUUUGAAAAAAUCUCCAAGAGGAAACAAUAGCCCAUUCACUGGAUUCAGUUCUGAGCUGUCUCCACACCACAAAUCAUCUAGUGCUGAGGAUUUAUACGGAAGAAAAGUGAGACUAAAUGAGUAUGUUGAUGUUAACUCCCUUGGAGUUGGGUCACCACUCAAAUCUAUAGCAACAUCUUCUGCUGAUGAUUCGAGUCCUCUUCAAGACACUCCCUCUCCUCAAAAUGAGAGUAGCGUUGUUUCCUCCUCUCCUAGACGUCAUGGUAUGAUAGCCCGAACAACUUCACAAGAUUUUGAAUUGAAACGUAACUUGGAAGAUAUGGAUUUGGAUUUUGACAAGUUUGCAAAUAUUGAUGAGGUUUUAAAGCAUCCAAAAGCUUGUGCCAUUCUCACCAAAUUUGCAUUUGAUGAAUAUGCAGAGGAAUCAAUUUACUUUUGGAAAGAUUUGAAAGCCUACAAGAAGGAAUCGAGAAUUGAUUGUAAAUUAGAUAUGGCUAUCAAAAUUUUCGAUACCUAUGUGAAUCCAGAUGGUAGCUUGGCUCUUAAUAUUACAAAAAAACAAAUAGUUGAGUGUAGGAGAAAGUAUCUCAAUGCUGAUGAUGAUUGUUUCGAUGAUAUUCAAAAGGAAGUCAAGAUUAUUUUGAAUGAUCUCCUUGACCGUCUUCGUUUGGGUAUUCAACAACAAAAAACCAAUCAAAUUAACAUGCUAAACAGCAAGAGCUCUCUUAUUCCCUCAUCAACUUCCAAUUUGAAAAUGUCUAGAUCUGAUGAAAGUAUAGCCUUUGUCCAAUAA